AUCUAACUCCAACAUGCAGAUAUUUGCUUGUGUAAUGCCGUGAGAUUAUGGCACCAUGGCGCAUGUUAUUACAAACCUCUCCAGACUCUCCUCCCAUCCUGGGCGCUUUCCUCUAUUGGCUGCCUCCUUUCCACGCUGACAUCCAAAUCAUAUAAACCUGGGGGCCUCACACCUUCACUGGGGUCAAAUUUCUUGGGCAAAUCAGAGCAGCCUCUCCUGGAAACGGUCGCAAGAAAGACACACAAGAGGAUUCCAGCACUUCACCGAAAUUUUUCUGGAAUUAUAAACUUUUUCACGGCCUGUUUCACUUCGGCCGAAGUUGCUUUCAGAAUGACGACGAUGUAAAAGUUGGUGGCUUCGUUUGGCUCGACUCGUUAAUGCAUUCAGGGGAAUACAUAUCUAAGUGUUGAAUGAGUUGUGCUGGCUGCAGAUCCCCGAGCAGAGACCGUUGUGGGGCAGCACCGGAGAGAGAUCGAGGGCGACGGAAAACACGACAACGACCACAUUUGUUCCCCCGCUCGACAUGAACCUCAUCGGGGGCUACCAGCAUCACCACCACCUGAUGCACGAACCCUUCCCGUUCGUGCAGCGGUGUCAUCAAGAUGCGCCGUACUUCCAAAGCUGGGUGGUGAACCACGGCGAGAUGCCCCCGGACUUCCAGAUCCAGGCGCCCUACCCGGCCGUGGAGCACGGAGCGCCCGGAGCGACGCACGACGCCCGGCUGGAGGGGCUCCAGGCGGGGAUGGGGAAGAGGAGGACGUCGGGGCCAAAGAAAGAGCGAAGGCGGACGGAGAGCAUCAACACAGCUUUCGCCGAGCUGAGGGAGUGUAUCCCCAACGUCCCCGUGGACACAAAACUGUCUAAAAUUAAAACUUUACGCCUGGCGACCAGUUACAUCGCCUACCUGAUGGACGUCCUGGCCAAAGACACCGGAGAGACGGAGGGCUUUAAGGCCGAAAUUAAGAAAUUUGAAAACCGGGAUCUGAAAAGGAAACGAGAGCCGACUGACGGCCUGCAGGAGUCUUUAGGAGCCGAGAAGAAGGUGAAGGGCCGGACCGGUUGGCCGCAGCAGGUCUGGGCUCUGGAGCUCAACCAGUGACCCUGCCUCCUCCUCCUCAUCCUCCACCUUUUCUCCUUCCCCCCUUUAAAAAACCUCCUCAGAGACUCUGGAUUCAAAUCAGAUAAAAACCACUGACUGACUGAACCUAAACACGCCGCUGUGCGCGCGUAAUGACGCGCGAAACAGGAGAGAAUGAAAGGACAACAUGCAAACAAGGUGGGAGGGAAACAUCCCGAUGGACACCGCGUCGAUCCUCUUCUUCUUCUCUCCUGGUGUGGUGUUUAACUCGACACACGAGUCUGACUGUAGGUGUGUGAUAUUUGUGGUAUUUCUGCCUUUUGAUGUUUCCACCCCUGCAGUACUGUAGACCAGAUGUUGCCACAGUGUCAAAAACAUCUGUCUCCCCCCCAAAAAUGUGUUUUGAUCUGGUGUGGAGUGGUGGUGUUUCCACAUCUGAUGGCGCUGGAGCGGAAAAUAAUAAAUAAAUUAUAACAAAUGACGAGUGGAGUAAA